AUGUGGGGUGGGGGCUCAGCCCAGCCUGUCAUCGCCUUCCAAGGGAGCCAGGGGUACAUCAAGAUCCCCUGUGCCCUGGGCAGCCUUGCGGAAGGAGCUCGCCUCUUCACCUUCUACCUGUCCCGCUACAGCAAGGACAAGCCGCAGGCCAGCUUCGACUGCAUCCGGCAGUACGUCUCCAGGCUGGGCCAGAGCCAGCUGGACUGUGUGGGCAGCAUCCAGGAGAAAAUCACCGUCUGUGCCACCGAUGACUCGUACCAGCUGACGCGGGCGCGUGUGUCCCAGGCGGAGAAGGAGGCGUGGAGCAGAGCUGCUAUCGAGAUCAAGCCAGCAGCCCCAGGCCAUGGCAAAUGUGUCGCCAUCCCGAAGAAGCUGGGCAUGAGCACCCCACUGAAGAAGUGCCCCACUGGGAGCCCUGUUCCCGGGGGCCGGAAAUGUAGCCCCAUGGGGACAGAUCGCAGGGUUCUUGUGAAAUGCCUAGUGCAGCUUCUGGCCCUGCGGCCCCACUGCAAACACGAGCUCCUGGAGCGGCUGAACAGGGUGCAGAUCAGCCUGAAGGACAGGGCCCAGCUGCUGCCCAUGCUGCAGGAGGUGGGGCAGCUGAACCCCCGGGAGAGCAGCUACAGUCUGAAGGAGGAGCUCUUUGGGCAGGUGCAGGAGGACUGGCUGGGCUACACGGCCGAGGAGCAGCAGCAAGUCAGGCAGCUCCUGCGCAGGAAACAGGCCCACGGAGCUGUGGACAGGCCCUUCUUAGUGCCUCUGGAGUGCCCGUCUUGCCAAGGUGCCAGCAGAAGGCCCUUGGGCGUGAAGCGGCUGGCACUGCUGGAUGCCUCGGACCCACAAGGGCUGAAGAAACCCUGUGCCCAAGAGCACCCCUCGAGCUCUCUGGGGUCCCACCGCAGCCUGCAGGAGCCUGGCCUGGAGCAUCGGAGAGCCCAGAGCCAGCGGCAGCCAUGCCAGCUUCCCAGGCCCAGCGCGGAGCUGCAGAGCUCAGAGGAGGAGCCGAGUGAUGGGGAGGGAGGUGAUGACUGGGAAGAGGGAGCUCUGCGCCUGGAGCAGCACCUUUCUGCCCUGCAAGACAGCAGCUCCCAGGCAAGCCCCCCGUUCUCCUUUGCUGAGCUCCCAGAUUACUGCCGGAAAUACAGAGCCAUCUGUUCCGUGGAGCAGCAUCACGCCUACAUGGAGGCGUUCAGUGCGGAUUACGCAGAGUACCGGCGCCUCCACACCAGGAUUGGACACGUGAGCAGGACAUUCAUCCAGCUGGGAGCCAAAAUCAAAACGCUGCCGCACGGGACGCAGGAGCACAAGGCAGUGGAAGACAGAAUCUUACAGGAAUACCGGAGGUUCAAGCAGACUUACCCCAGCUACAGGAAGGAGAAGGACCGCUGCGAGUAUCUUCACCAAAAGCUGUCCCACAUCAAGGGCCUCAUCCUCGAGUUUGAGAAGACAGGGGCUGCCUAGAGGAGCCUCCGGUGCUGAGCCUGCAGCCUUUCCACUGCCCGUUCUCCUUUCCCUUCAGUGCAGGGGAGGAAGGGGUGGGGGUUAGUGAACUCUCCUGUAGUAGUACAGUAGUUGCAGCCCCCCAGCCUAGUGUCCAGCCCAGCCAUUUGACUGCCCUGGGGUGCGUUGGGGGGUGGGGGAGGGUGGCAGGACAGAGCAUGUGGCUGCCACAAAGUAGAGAGAGUGGGUGAUGGUCUUAGUGAAUUGUCCCCAGUGAGCUGCUGUCUUACCUGUACCAGCUCCUAAGGGGCACCUGGGACUAGUGGUGCAGCUCCAGGUUAGGAUGGGUGCCUGUGUCCUGCUCAGGGGGCCAGCCUGCACCACAGAGCUCCGCCUGGACAGGAGACCUGGCUUAAGGCUUGUCAGCCAGCAUAGCUCAUGCCAGCUCCAUGCAGUGCUCAGCCUAACUUGUGAUAGGUGCAGCCUAUGCUGUCUGCUGGAGAAAGUGGCUUUUGCCAUCACGUGGGACCUGCCACUUUCCUUCACUGGCUCUCUCCCCCUAGGAGCUGAGAGCAUGGCAGAGACUGUUUCAAUCGCUAGAGCUAAGGGCACCCUGCCCCUGGAGGAAAGGGGUCAGUCUGUGCUGGGGUUUAAUGACUGACACCUGCUUGAGCAGUGUGGGGUAGCAGGAGUUGAGGGGACAGGGAAGUGCCUCACCUUCCUUGGCUGUGCACCCCAUUGUUGGUGUAUCUCCCCUAUCUAUCUGUGUUGCUCUCAGAACCUGCUGACAUGGCUAGGUGGAACUGCAAGGAGGGGGGUGAGAUGGGAAUGGUUGCUUAGGGUCCCUUUGUGCUACACUGCAGGUGAGGUGGAGGCCUGGGGUUAAACAGUUCAUUGUACAAUGUGUGGCUGUGGCCUUCAGCCCUCUCCCAGCACCUGCCUGAGCUCCUCCUGCUUUGAGAGUAACUUGCCUGACCCAACCCAGCAGGAGAUACUGAUGGAGCAGGGCUUGGCUGUGGGACUGUAAGUGAUACAACCCUUUGCCACCAUUACCAGCUGGCCUUGGGGGAGGGGGGGGAGAUAGAGCCCUCACAUACAGGCUCUGCUGCUUUGUCCAAGGAAGUGGUUGUACAUCACCGUGGGGCUGGGGUGAGGGUUACUAGGUGCUGGAUGUAAUACAAUAAGUAGUGAGCCACUUAGCAGCCAAACUGCCCCUCUGCCCGGGA